UUGCUUGGGGGUGAUGGUGGUGGUGGUGGUGGUGGAAGGGAGGGGUGGAUGGAUUUUAAGACAUCUCGGUGUUUGAUUUCUCAGUCUCUCUCCUCCUCGUUCUCAGGAGUUAGAAGCAGCUCUUCACAGAGAUGACGCAGAGUUCAUCAGUGACCUAAUUGCCUGCCUGCUUCAGGGCUGCUAUCAACGAAGGGAUAUCACGCCCCAGACGUUCCACAGCUACCUGGAGGACAUCAUCAACUACCGCUGGGAGCUUGAAGAAGGGAAACCCAAUCCUCUGAGAGAAGCCAGUUUCCAGGAGCUGCCUCUCCGUACUCGUGUGGAGAUCCUGCACCGCCUCUGUGAUUAUCGGUUGGAUGCGGAUGACGUCUUCGAUCUUCUCAAGGGUCUGGAUGCAGACAGUCUCCGCGUGGAACCAUUGGGUGAGGACAAUUCCGGGGCACUCUAUUGGUAUUUCUAUGGAACGCGAAUGUACAAGGAGGACCCAGUACAAGGAAGAUCCAGCGGAGAGCUCUCUUUGAGCAGGGAAAGUGAAGGACAAAAGAAUGUCUCAGGUGUUCCUGGGAAAACAGGAAAAAGAAGAGGAAGACCCCCAAAACGGAAGAAACUCCAGGAAGAGAUUACAGUGAGUGAAAAGCAGGAAGAAAACUCCUUGGUGUCUGAGCCACAGACAAGAAAUGGGUCCCAAGGGCCAGGUCAAGGCACUUGGUGGCUCCUGUGCCAAACAGAAGAAGAAUGGAGACAGGUCACAGAGAGUUUUCGCGAGAGGACCUCCCUUCGAGAACGGCAGCUCUAUAAGCUCCUCAGUGAGGACUUCCUGCCUGAGAUAUGCAACAUGAUUGCCCAGAAGGGAAAGCGUCCACAGCGCGCAAAGGCAGAGUUGCAACCUAGGUGGAUGUCUGACCACCUGUCCAUCAAAUCCCUCAAGCGAGAGGAGACCCCUGUGCUUACCAGAAUAGAAAAACAGAAGCGCAAAGAGGAGGAGGAAGAACGGCAAAUUCUUCUAGCAGUGCAGAAGAAGGAGCAGGAGCAGAUGCUAAAGGAAGAGAGGAAACGAGAAUUGGAAGAGAAAGUUAAGGCAGUGGAAGAUCGAGCUAAGAGGAGAAAGCUCAGGGAAGAAAGGGCAUGGCUGCUGGCCCAAGGGAAGGAGCUCCCCCCAGAACUUUCCCAUCUGGACCCUAAUUCCCCCAUGAGGGAAGAAAAAAGGACUAAAGACCUCUUUGAGUUGGACGAUGAUUUCACUGCCAUGUAUAAAGUUCUAGAUGUGGUAAAGGCUCACAAGGAUUCCUGGCCCUUUUUGGAACCUGUGGAUGAAUCAUAUGCCCCAAACUACUACCAGAUUAUUAAGGUCCCCAUGGAUAUCUCAAGCAUGGAGAAGAAACUGAAUGGAGGUGUAUACUGUACCAAGGAGGAAUUUAUAAAUGACAUGAAGACUAUGUUCAGGAACUGUCGAAAAUAUAAUGGAGAAAGUAGUGAGUAUACCAAGAUGUCUGAUAAUUUAGAGAGGUGUUUCCAUCGGGCAAUGAUGAAGCAUUUUCCGGGCGAAGAUGGAGACACAGAUGAAGAAUUUUGGAUCAGAGAGGAUGAAAGGCGGGAGAAGAGACGGAAUCGGGCUGGGCGAAGUGGCGGAAGCCAUGUUUGGACCCGCUCCAGGGACUCGGAAGGGCCCAGCCGGAAACAGCAGCCUGUGGAAAACGGAGGAAAGUCAUUGCCACCCGCACGCCGAGCUUCCUCUUCUGGGGAUGAUCAGAGCAGCAGUUCCUCACAGUUCCCCCAGGAUGUGGGCACCUCCAAUGGCCGAGGCUUUUCUCGUCCCCUCUAUUACGGUGGGAUGCCCAACCAGACACCCCUUUUAAACCAGAUGAGGCCAGCAGUACCAGGAGCAUUUGGCCCUCUUCGAGGAUCAGACCCUGCCACCUUCUAUGUGUCCUCAAGAGUCCCAGAGCCACACCCUGGAGAGCCGGGACAGCAGCAGCAACCUUUUGCCCUGCGGCCUCCAGUUGGAAUUAACAACCACCGAGGACCCAGGCUAGGCACACCCGAAGAGAAGCGAGUGUGUGGGGGGCUGGUGCAGCUUGCUAACAUGGGAUCACACCCUGGAUCCUUGCAGCUUGGGCACAUGAGUGGCCCCAGUCAGGAUGGAAACAUGUAUCCCCCAACUCAGUUCCAGCCAGGAUUUAUCCCUCCCAGGCAUGAUGGGGCUCCAGCCCGACCCCCAGACUUUCCUGAAAGCUCAGAAAUUCCUCCUAGCCACAUGUACCGAUCAUACAAAUACCUGAAUCGAGUACACCCUGCUGUCUGGAAUGGGAACCAUGGUGCUACAAACCCAGGACCCUUGGGGCCAGAUGAGAAGCCCCCCAUGGGGCCAGGACCCUCUCGCCAGCCUCAUACUCUUGGUCACAUGAUGGAUUCCCGAGUGAUGAGACCACCUCUUCCCCCAAACCAGUGGACUGAACAGCCAAGCUUUCUACCUCAUGAAAUUCCUUCUUCAGGGUAUAUGCGACCACCCUGUAAAUCUGGUGGACAUCGGUUACAGCCACCUCCAGCCCCAGCACCCAGUUCUCUUUUUGGAGCUCCCUCCCAGGCCCUGCGGGGGGUGCAGGGAGGGGCCUCCAUGAUGGACAGCCCAGAGAUGAUCGCCAUGCAGCAGCUGUCCUCCCGUGUUUGCCCACCAGGUGUGCCUUACCACCCCCAACAGCCUGCUCCCCCGCACGUACCUGGCCCUUUCCCACCAGCUGCUCACUCAGCAUCAGUAAGUGUGUCUGCCCCCAAGCCUGCCUUGGGGAACCCUGGGAGGACGCAGGAUGACAGUGAGACACAAGAACCUGAGAAUGACCAAGAUCCCUUGCCUGGGCUUGAGGAGAAAUCACCAAGUGUUGGUGCUUCAGAGGGGCUGUACCUCAAACAACUACCUCACCUCACGCCUCCCCUGCAGACCGACUGUACUGGGCAGAGCUCUCCACAAGAAAGGGAAACAGAGGGCCCAGAGCUCAAAAGCGACUCCUCAGAAUCUGGAGACAACUGUAAAGCAACAAAAAGCAAGAGUCCCUGGCCCUCAGAGAGCAGCUAUGCCAGUACAGCAGCCCAAGGGUGUAUGAGAGACCUCUCCGCUCUGGCAGAGAGAGGGGCUCUACCCGAAAACGGAGUGAUUGUUGAAGCAUCCCCUUGUGCGUCAGAGGGGAAAGGCCUCAGUGGUAGUGGUUCAGAAAAGCCACUCUGCCCCAGAGGCAGAACACUGCAGGAAACCAUGCCGUGUCCAGGACAGACCCCAGCUGCGCCUCCCAGCACAGACCCCAAUUUGCUGGGAAGCACUGUAAGCCAGUUUUCUCCCUUGUACGUGCCUGGCCUGGAAUACCCAGGUUCAGCUGCACAUUACCACGUCACUCCAGGCCUGCAGGGCUUGGGCCAUGUGAUGGGAGCUAAACCCUCAGUCUCACAUCCUCAGCAUUUCCCCCCCAGGGGUUUUCAGUCUAACAACCCGCAUUCUGGGGUCUUUCCUCGGUAUCGCCCCCACCAAGGAAUGAGGUAUUCCUACCAGCCACCGCCUCAGCCUUCCUAUCAUCACUAUCAGCGAACUCCUUAUUAUACUUGUCCACAGGGUUUUUCCGACUGGCAGAGACAUAUCCAUCCCCCGGGAAGCCCAAGUGGGCCCCCACGUAGUCAGCCUUCCCUGCCAAGACCCCUCUUCUCAGAUAAGAGCGCCAUGGCUAAUCUCCAAGGCUGUGAGACACUGACUGCUGCCUUAACUUCCCAGACCCGAAUGGAGGCGGUGGCUGCCAAGGUGGUCACAGCUGAUGGGCAGAAUCCUGCUGCAGAGGAAGAGAAGCUGGAUGAGUCUGUGGAGAGGCCAGAGAGUCCCAAAGAAUUUUUAGACCUGGACAACCAUAAUGCAGCUACCAAGCGACAGAGUUCACUGUCAGCCAGUGAAUAUCUCUACGGAACUCCUCCUCCACCUCUGAGUUCAGGGAUGGGGUUUGGUUCAUCUGCUUUCCCACCCCAUGGAGUGAUGCUACAAACGGGACCUCCUUAUACCCCUCAGCGGCCAGCCAGUCAUUUCCAGCCCAGGGCUUACUCUUCCCCUGUGGCUGCUCCUCCCGCUCACCACCCAGUGGCAGCCCAGCUCAACGGCCUCUCUCAGGAGGGCCCCAUCUAUCACUGCCAAGAAGAGGGCCUGGGUCACUUUCAAGCAGUAAUGAUGGAACACAUUGGCACUGGAAGUGGAAUAAGGGGACAUUUCCAGGAAAUGUACAGACCGUCAGGAAUGCAAAUGCUUCCGGUCCAGGCGCAUGCCUCGUUCCCAAAGACCCCAGCACCAGCAACAUCGCAGGAAGAGCUGCCGCCACAUAAGCCCCCAACACUGCCCCUUGAUCAGAGCUAGUCCAAGGAGGAAAUAACCCCCAAGGAAACGGAAAGCUGCACAUGAAGACUGGAACAAGGAGAGUUUGGGAGAACGACCUCCCCCGUCACUGUUCCUGACACCCUGCUGCACCCUUCACCGUGCAUAACUUCAUGCUGUCCCAUUGCUGGAGCAGUUCCUGAGCCCUGGAAGCACACUCCUUUGAUAACGAACACACCGCUGCCGAGGUCCUGGGUCAGGGAUCUCUUGCAUGGCUGAUAGUAGAGAACAAAUGAACUGGAACUAGUGAUGGCUUUUCCGAGUCCCGAGACUCUUGUUCAGGGAAAAUCAUCUUAAACGUGGUGGGGGGGCAUACUUAAGAAUGGAGUGGUGCUUGUAAACCUUCAUGAGCAGCUAAACUCAGGUAUAUAUUUGGGGAAGGGACUACUUGUAGUAUUAAUAAUGUGUUUGGAGCUGGGUCCAGUUUACAGAAUUUUCAUGUUGCCUUUUAAAAUAAUUUUUGUUGUUGGUGGUGAAUGUAUUGUAUGUCAAGUGGG